AUGACCGACGGCCUCUACACGUUCGGCUCGGGCGAGUGCGCCCAGCUCGGUCUCGGCCACGACCGCAACGAGCUGCUCCCUGUCCACGUUGCCCACCUGCCGCACACCCGCCUCGUCUCCAUCUCCCUCGGCGACGGCUACGGCGCCGCAGUCACCGACGAUGGACGUCUGUUUACCUGGGGCGAUGGCGAUGCGGGCCAGCUCGGCCACGGUGGCCACGAGAGCGUGUCCACGCCCAAGGAAGUCACUGCGCUGGCGGGCGUCACCGUUGUCGCUGUCUCGAUGGGCUGUGAGCACACGCUCAUUCUUGAUGCCGAUGGCGAUGUGUGGUCGUGCGGGACCGGUGACUACGGCAUCCUUGGCCAUGGCUCGGAGAACGACGAGUUUGUCCCGCGCAAGAUCGCCGCCCUCACCGGUACCACCGUUGUUGACGUCUCGGCCGGCACUGGCCACUCGGGUGCUGUCACUGCUGACGGCCAACUGUUUCUCUGGGGCUUUGGCGGCUUUGGACAGCUCGGUCUCGGCACCACAGAGACCAUCCUCGAGCCGACGCCUGUUCCUCUUGACGGCAAGAUUGCCGUUGAUGUCUCAUGCGGGAUGCGCUGCACCGCCGUUGUCUGCUCCGACGGCUCUCUCUACACCUGUGGUGACAACGAGUGUGGAAAGCUCGGUCUCGGCGACCUGGAGCCUCGCCUCGUCCUCACCCGCGUCGACCGCCUCGCCUCCGUCUCUGUCACUCAGGUCUCCAUCUCGGAAGGCUCGGGCGCCGCCGUCACCAACGAUGGCGCGCUCUACUCGUGGGGUCACGGCCGCAUGGGCAACCUUGGCCACGGGACCGAGACCAAUCCCGAACCACUCGUCCCACGCGUUCGCGUUGCCGGUUACAACUACGAGCGCGACUGGGCUGUUCCAAAGCGGGUCGCCGCGCUCGCUAACGUCCAUGUCGUCCACGUUGCCAUGGGUCCCGAGCACUCGGCCUGUCUCACUGCCGACGGCCAGGUCUACACCUGGGGCGAGGCCGCCAAUGGCGAGACUGGCCACGGCGACACCUUUGAUCGCAUGGAGCCCGAGCGUCUUGACUUUUUCGAUAGCCUCGGCUCGGCUAUCAUCGUCGAGGUCGGUUCUGACCACACCGGCGUCGUCAUCGACUCUACCGCCGCCUCUGCCCCCGCCCCUGUUGCCGCUCCAUCGGCGACCAGCUCUUCGCCCACCACGCCAGCCGCACCCGCCGCUUCUCCCGCCGCCUCCGACCCUGCCCUUGCCGCCCGAGUCACUGAGCUCGAGUCUGCCCUCGCAGCCUCAGUCGCCCGCUCUGAUGACCUUGCUGAACGCCUCGCCAUCGUCGAAGUCCUCCUCCUCGAUGCUCUCAAGACCCAAUCGUCCUAAAUCCCCACCACCUCCAA